AUGGAGAAAAGUAACCACUCAUCUGAUAUAGCCACAGAAUUCCUACUGCUGGGAUUCUCCGACCUGCGCCACCUGCGGGGCCUCCUCUUUUUUGUCUUCCUUGUGGUGCUUUUGGCGACUCUGGCUGGAAACCUCCUCAUUUUCUUGGCAGUGGCUGCCGAGAAUUCCCGCCAACCCAUGCUCUUCUUCCUCUGCCAGCUCUCCGCCAUCGAGCUCUGUUACACCCUCGUCAUCGUUCCCAAAACUCUGGUCGAUCUUGUUUCCCCCGAGGUGAGCACCAUUUCCUUCAUGGGCUGCGCCACCCAAAUGCACUUCUUUGCGACUCUGGGAGGGGCCGAAUGCUUCCUCCUGGCCGCCAUGGCCUACGAUCGCUACGUGGCCAUCUGCCGGCCGCUGCACUACGCGGUCAUGAUGAGCCAGGAGUUCUGCCUUCAGCUGGCCGUAAUCUGCUGCCUCGGUGGCUUGAUCGUCUCGCUGGGCCUGACUGCGGCUGUCUUCCGUCUGCCCUUCUGCAGCUCCCGCCGCAUCAACCACUUCUUCUGUGACAUCCCUGCUCUUCUACACCUGGCCUGCACAAAGAGCUACACCAGUGAACUGCCCCUCCUGGCUGCCUGCAUCAUUGACCUCUUGCUCCCCUUUGUGCUCAUCCUCAUCUCCUACUCUUACAUCGCCGCAGCCGUGAUGCGGAUCCGGGACUCGGCCGGCCGGGGCAAAGCUUUCUCGACCUGUGCCUCGCAUCUGGCUGUCACCCUCUUGCACUACGGCUGUGCCACUUUCAUGUACGUACGUCCCAAGUCCCAUUACACACCGAACAGGGACAAGAUGCUGUCUCUGUUCUACACCAACAUUACCCCCUUGCUAUACCCUCUGAUUUACAGUCUCCGGAACAAAGAAAUCAAAGGAGCAGUGAAGAAACUGCUGCAGAAGAAAGUGGCCCAGCCAAACUGGAACACCGUGAAGUGCAACGAGAUGGUGCACAUUUCUGAAAUGCUCUUUAAGCCACACACAAGCAAGCAUGAGCAUGCAGUGGAUGAGCACAGUCACCACAUCAGUCAACACACUGAAAAUGCUACAGUUGCUCGGUUAAGGGAGCUCCUAAUCUGGGAUCCUGAGACUGAGGACUGA